GACAGCCUCCAACCUCCUCCAGCCUGUGCAACAGCCUCUGUUCUGCUUCCUUGCAGCCCAGUGACCUCCAAGACUCCUCCAGCCUGUGCAGGAGUCUUGAAUCAUCCAGCAUCAAGUGGGACCGCCUCGAAUCCUGCUCCAGACAGGGCAAGCGUCUUGGAUCCAUCAUAACAGCCUUCAAUCCCUCUUGAGUCUGUGCAACAACCUCGAACCCCAUAGUGCCCACCACAGCAGCUUGCAGUCCGCCUUCAACGGGUACAACAGCCUUGAAUCCGCCAGCGUCCAGCACAACUGUCUCCAGCUUUCGUGAUAGCCUCAAGUCCACCAGCAUCCAGUGUGACAGCCUUGAUCCCACCUAAGCCUGUGCAACGUCUUUGAGUGCUCGUGCUCCACCAUUCAGCGUAAUAGCCUUUUAGCCUUGAAUUCUCUACUCAGUGAGACGACGUAUAUCCUUCCAUCUGGUGCAUUAGCUUCAAAUUCUCUUCAGGCUAGUGCAAUAGUUUCCAGAUUCCUGUCAUCCAUUGCAACAGCCUAUACCACUUCAGCCAACGCUAGUUACACCAUCCAGUGCAAUAAUCUCAAAUACUCAGUCACUGCCCCUGUGACUGCUGUCAUCUCGGAGGCCCCUCCCUGUCACAAAAGAGACAGUUUUCAGCAGCUGCGGCAUCAACUUUGUCACCUUGCCUUCAGGAAACAAUGGAGGUACGUGUCCCUCAGAGGAGCCCCAGUUACCUCUCCGGUCUGUAUCAGAACAUGCUAAGGGCUGAAGAAGCAUUGGGUCCAGGACGGUGGCGGCCGGAGCACCAGCCAUUGCGUGGCAGCUCCAGUCUGAGCACCCCACCCAAGAGGGAGCCACAACCAUGUCAUCUUCAGAGCAGCACUACUAUCAGCUGUGACCCACACCUGCAGCCUAUCAUACGCCGACGAGCCAGGUCUUUGCCCACUUCCCCUGAGAGGUUGAAGAAUACAGCAGCACAAUGCCGUGUUCCUGUGUGCAAGAGAAGCCGCAUUAACCGGGUGAGAUUUGCUGAUGCAUUGGGCUUGGAGCUGGCUGAAGUGAAAGUCUUUCAGGUUGGGGAGGACCCAUCCAUCCCCUUGCAUGUCCUCUCCAGGCUUUCCAUCAACUCGGACCUUUGCUGCAGCCAGCUGGAUAUGGAGAUCACCAUGCAGUGCUUGGUGCCUGACUUCCAGCAGCCUGUGGACUGUGUGGACUUCUCCACCCGCCUUCAUCAGCAGCUGGUGUGUCUAGAAUGUGUGACCAGCUCAGACCUGGGGCUCAGUGGCACUAUCCAAGUUCUCAAUGUGGCCUUCGAGAAGCAGGUGUCUGUGCGCUACACCUUCAACCAGUGGAAGAGCAUGCAUGAAGUGUGUGCUCAUUGGCACAGCAGCAAUCCUCAGGACGCUGGGAAGGGUCAAGCUGAUGUCUUCACUUUCUUUCUCCCCAUGCCUCCUUUCCUCCUCCAGCUGUGCUCUGUAGUCCAGUUUGCAGUGAGAUAUUGUGUCAAUGGGCAGGAGUACUGGGAUAACAACCAAGGUAAGAACUACAGCUUCACCUGCAGGAGUCACCUUCUCAAGAUGCCUAGGGAAUGUGAGGCGAGCUGGAUCCACUUCAUCUGAGCAAGAAGAAGAUAAAUGGAUAUGGAAUGGCUGCAGUGGCCUUUUCUUCCUUGGUGUUCCUCUGCUUCUCUGACACCACAGAAAUCCUUCAAGAGGCAAAGAUGUUUCAAAAUGAGAGUAACAAGUGAUCUGUACAAAACAUUUUUGUAAGAGCUUGAGAAAGGAUAAAGGGCCAAAAUCUGCAUGGAUUUACAUCCCAGGAGACUUCAUGGGAUUCAAAGAGAUUUCAUAGACAGAAAUCAGGGCAGAACUGGCUCAAAGGGACACUGUCAGGCUAAAUAUAUCAAAGGGAAAAUUAUGUGUUACUAAUAAUACUUUUCAUAAACAAAAAAGUUUAAAAUUCCAACUUAUUUGUCACCAUUUUAUACUGUUUAGUUUUUUGCACUUAACUAACUGGAAAAUAGGUUAGCUUUACUUUUUUGUUAUAGAUUUGUUUGUAGUAUUACACUGGUUCUUGGGCAUAAUUCCAGUGCUGCAAACACUGGGGUGCAAACACUGCAGGGCAAUGUUUAUAUCCAAAUUAUUUGUAUUCCUAUUUAAACACAUAAAAAUAUUUCUAUUGAUAUUAGUUUUUGUUAAAUAAUAAUAAAACCAAACUAUUGAUCUGAAACUACCUGACGGGGUCCCCAUAAAUAAGGUUUUAACCUGAUUCUUUUUCUUUCUCUUAUUAUUUUUAAUCUCCAGUGCUUGCCAUUGAUACAGUCAGAGUGAUUCUUGCUAAGAUGUGUUUCUUAAGCCAUAAGGCUGGCCUCCUUGGGAAAGGCCUGAUAUUUUCAAGGUGAGGUUCAAGCAGUUCUCUGGAUAAAGUUUUAAAAUAUAAACUUGUUCUUUUCUUGCAUAACUAUUUUCACUAAACAAAACCAGAGCAGUUUUGCACUUUUAAUUGCAUCUUCCACCAGAGAAUCUCAAAGCCCAAUACAAAUGUUAAUGAAAAAAGCCUCACUGCCCCUGUGUGUGAGACAGGUAAUCGUGCCUAUUUACAAAUGGAAACAGACACAAGAGGUUGAGUGCCAGGGCCACACAGUGAAUGAGUUACAGAACCAUGGAACAGAGCUCAGGAGUUGUGAUUCCUAGCCCUCCGUUCCAAUACCCUAACUGUUACCAUAGUAUUUUGAAUCCUAAAAUUAGCUAGUUCUGAUCUUUUUUGACCAGUGGAACAAGAAGGAGGCUCCCUCCUCUUUAGUAAAAAGUGGGGUCUUCAGGGAGGGACAAUGGCAUGGCUGGUAAAUCCAUGUCUGCUUGGAUCCACGGGCAGAAGUCUCCCCUCUAUGGUAGUGGGAACACAGCAACCACUUGGAGAGAAUGGCCUUCUCAGUACUUAACCUGUUGCUUUGCCUCUUUGUUGGAGAGGAUUUGAGCCUAUAAAAUUUUUGUGAUAUAUGCAGGGUUCAGUUUGGAAAAUAGAUGACAUCUACAGUUAUGAAAAUGUGUGAAAAACUUCUCAGAUAGCUUGUUAAUACAGCCUAAAUAUUAAAAAGUGACUCGUGAUCUUG